AGCAAAUUCAUUUUUUCCUAGCCUGAAUAUAACUCCCCCAUUUCCUUCUUCGACUACAGUGUCCCCAAAGUCAAUCCCAAUGGUUCGGCUUCAAAUCUCCUCCAUCCCUCAAAUCUCCUCUCUCUCAUCUUUCUCUGUCUCUCAUUCUCUCCGUUUCCAGUCAGUCCUCCUCUGACCCAUCUACGCCUCUCCUUACUUCAAAAUCUUCCAUUGACGCAAUACCCACCAUUAGAAUCGACCAGUCCCUUCUGAACAAUGACCCUUUUAUGCUCUGCGCCGUUUGCAAGGACCAGUUCGAGCUUGGCAUUGAGGCCAAGCAACUUCCCUGUAAGCAUCUCUAUCAUCCCUAGGAGGCACGAUCUUCUGUUUUUUGCUGAGAAUGGUGGUAGCGGCGGCGUUCAGGGCUCAUUCUCUCCCAACCAGAUUGCGGAGGUGGGGACAGAGACAGAGAUGGGAGCAGUCUCCAGUUGUCUAGUUGCGGGUAGAGCUCGUAUAAAUGGUGAAGAUGGAGGGUUGAGUUUAAGUCCCGGGGUCAUUGAGGAGGGCGAUGUUGCCAUUUCUGAAAAUUUGAGGAAUUCAGUGGUUACCAGAGGGGUUUCUACGUUACUAGAGAUAUGGGGUGGUACAUUUUCUCCUACUCAAAUCUGGGCUCAGCUUCUAUUUCUGGGUCUCCCUGUAAGUAUUUCUAUAUAG